CCUGUUGUCUGAAACGUCUUGAAAAGCCCAUGGUGCAGAACACUAAUCUGUAAAAAGCCUCCACUGAGUCUGAAGGGAAACUCUGACCGCACUACAACAGUGGAUUUAAAGUAGUUUACAGUAGAUUUCAUUUAUUUUACAGUACAUUUUAUUUAUUUCCUGUAUUUUUCAGUGACAUUUCAGAAUGUCCCCGACCCUGAGGACGGUGUUCCACCUCUGUGCGUUCAGCUGGUACGCUUUUGUGGUUCAAAGUAUGGCUGCGAAGGAUGGAGAGGAGCUGCCCAAAGGAAUCUUUGUUUAUGGAGGACCGUGGAAGUAUCUGACAUUCCUGAACCUGCUGCUGCAGAUGGCGUUCUUCGGCCUGGCUGCAGUGAAUGAUCUUCAACCGGGGAAGACGUGUGGGAGUUCCCUGAACAGAUGGAAAGACCGUCUGUUUGCUGUUUUCGCCUUCCCAGUGGGCAUGUUUGUCGUUGUGCUCUUCUGGUCCAUCUUCGCCUACGACAGAGAGUUGGUCUACCCGGCAUCUAUCGACGCUUUCUUCCCUCCUUGGAUGAACCACGCCAUGCACACAUUCGUCCUUCCCGUUCUACUUGGAGAAGUCUUGGUACAACCUCACAUUUAUCCCAACAUUAAACACGCUUUGACAGCGCUGGGCGUCGUGGGUUUGUCAUAUUUAUCCUGGAUCAUAUGGGUUUACAUGUCGGUGGGCAUUUGGGUUUACCCCCUCCUCGGACACUUCAGCUCUGCAGGUCUGAUGGGCUUUUUCUUCUUUAACAUGUCAGUGGUGACUUUACUCUACGUCUUAGGAGACAAACUCAACAGCCACGUAUGGGGUAAAGACAUGAGUGAAACAACAGUAAAAGUAAAAUGAUCCUCAGAUUCUUAAAGGAGUGACUGACAUACAAACAUAUCCUCUUUUUCAUAUAAAUGUUACAGUAAUAAAAGUGUUUUUAAGUAAAUUAAAUUAAAUCAACACUAAUAAAGAAAGAUCCAUUCACAUCA